AUGGCCAAGCAAGCCUCUCGCAAGAAAACCGGCGGCCGUGACGUGUCAACUCGUCGGCAGGGAUCGCGUGGCGGCCGGAACGCCCGCCAAGCAUCGAGAAGCCCAAUCGGGCUUGAUGAUGAGCCGAUUCACCCUGCGCCGGGUCCCAAUGUUCACGGAGCUAAUACGGGUGCCGGUCACAGUGGCGGGCAGGCUGUCCCCGGCCGACUAUUCAGCAUUCCGAAGGACGAGCCCGGCCGACUCUUCAACAUUCCCAAGGAAGAGCCCGGCCGACUUUUCAAUAUUCCGAAGGAAGAACCUGCAGAUGCGAUUCUGCCAAUUGCCACCCACGCAGCAUCCGGCCGGAAUGUUCACGGACCGAGGACAGAUGCCGGUGGCAGUGGGGAACCAAUCGCCCCGGGCAAGUUCUUCAACAUUCCAAAGGAAGAGGAUGUGGAGAUGGCCGUGCUUAUUGCAGGUCCAGAGCGUGCUCGCUCGGCGUCGGUGGCUCCACGCCUAUUUGGAAUCCCGAUGGAAGUUGAUUCGGACGUUGGUACCGACGAGAAGGUGCCUGUCGAGUCGGCGCUGGCGACGGUGAGAAGGGGAGGAAGCUUGUUCGGCAUCCCAACGGAGGAUGAGAUACCGGACAUGGAUCCGCUUGUCGCGAAGAUGUUGGCAACAACACUAGCAUCGCGGGCCGGGAGCUCCGUUGCACGUAGUGAGUCGCCGCAAGAGCGUGUGCCCGCCAAGGUGGAUGGCCGUGCGCACAGCCGGAAGCUAUUCAACAUCCCGAUGGAAAUCGCUGAUGAGACCGCCACCGACGAUCAUGAGGGGUCCCUUCCGCCGGGCCCGCCGAGCAGGGGAACGGACGAGCCGGCCGACGCUCAGAAGAUACAAGCUGACGAACCGGCUGGGCGUGGCGCAAGGGCCGCAAGCUGCGACUCCGACGUCGUGAUCACCGGAUACACGCCCGCACCACUGACGCACGCCAGCAACGACUCCGACAUCGAGAUCACGGAUGGCCGACCGGACAACAGGAGCACCUCGAGCGGCCGACACGCUGAUGGUAAGGCCCUCCGGGUGCCGGCCUUCCCCGAAUUUUCAGGGUAUCAGAAAAGCGCACCGCCCUUGGACGGGGUUGCGGCAUCCCCGGGGUCGGGGAGCAAUGUGCUUGGAGGCGUUAGCCCCAGCACAGGUGAGGAAGAAGGCACCCGCAAGGACAAAGGAAAGUCCCGUGAGUUGCCCGCCGAGCCUGACAGGAUGGUCCCUGCCAACAUUACCAGCACCCUUGCUCCACACCAUGAGCAAGACGAUGCAUUUUUCACCUUCGCUCCGACUGCGACGAAUGCGUUCAAUCCGGCUCCGGAAACCCAUGGCGGUCUGACCGGCGCAAUGUCGUCACGAGUGCUGGAGUUGGCCGCCGAGCGUGCCGCGGUGAUGGCACACAUCGAUUCGUUGUUGGCACUGCAGCGCGCAAACAACCAAAACAGGGCGGCAGUAGCAUGGGUGAAGGAAUGGUAUCGCGAGGCGAGUGGUUCACGGUAGACAGAUUUGUAAUGCUCU